UUCUCUUCUUAAGAUAAUAAGAUCAUUGCCAUCGCCACCUUAUUUUCUCAACAAUGGCAGAUUUCUCAACUCAAGCACCCUCGAGCUCACCCUUAUUUUCUCCUUACAAGAUGGGAAAAUUCAACCUCUCUCACAGGGUUGUAUUGGCUCCGAUGACGAGAUGCAGAGGGUUGAACGGGAUUCCACAGGCAGCACAUGUCGAGUACUAUGCUCAAAGAUCAACACCAGCUGGACUUCUCAUCACUGAAGGCACCUUGAUCUCUCCUACUUCUUCUGGGUUUCCUCAUGUGCCUGGAAUAUACACAGAGGAACAAGUGGAGGCAUGGAGAAAUGUAGUUGAUGCCGUGCAUGCCAAAGGCAGCAUUAUCUUUUGUCAACUUUGGCAUGUUGGUCGUGCAUCCCAUCAAGUGUAUCAGCCUAAUGGGGAUCUUCCAAUUUCGUCGACGAGCAAAGCUAUAUCAGAGAAGUGGAAGGUUCUGAUGCCUCAUGGGUCUUUUGGUGCGUUCUCUGAGCCUCGUGCACUGAACACUUCUGAGAUAUCUCAAGUAGUGGAACAUUAUCGCCAAGCAGCAAUUAAUGCAAUUCGAGCAGGUUUUGAUGGAAUUGAGAUUCAUGGGGCACAUGGGUAUCUCAUUGAUCAAUUCCUAAAGGAUGGAAUCAACGAUCGAACCGAUGAAUAUGGUGGAUCACUAGAAAACCGAUGCAGGUUCUUAAUGGAGGUGCUAAAGGCUGUUGUUUCUUCCAUUGGAGCAGAAAGAGUUGCUCUCAGAAUUUCACCAGCAAUUGAUUUCCUGGACGCCUUUGACUCUGACCCACUUGGGCUAGGCUUAGCAGUGAUUGAGAGACUCAACAGUUUCCAACGAGAAGUGGGGACAAAACUCACUUAUCUUCAUGUUACUCAACCUCGGUUCACACUUCUCGACAAAGCCGUGUCAACAGUGAGUGAAGAGGAGAGAGAUUAUUUGAUGCAGAAGUGGAGAAAGGCUUAUGAGGGAACAUUCAUGUGCAGUGGUGGUUUUACUAGGGACUUGGGUAUGGAAGCUGUGGCUCAAGGCAAUGCUGAUUUGGUAUCCUAUGGUCGUCUUUUUAUCUCCAAUCCAGACUUGGUUUUAAGGCUCAAGCUUAAUGCACCUCUAGCCAAGUAUAACAGGGACACAUUUUACACCAACGAUCCAGUUGUUGGCUACACAGAUUAUCCUUUCCUUGCCAAAGCAAAUGAGACAGAUUAAGUAGCUAAGGGCAUGUCUUUAAUUUUAAUGUUUGUUGGCUUUUUUAAUAUGGAUGUUGUAAUCUAUAAUAAAGGCAUAUGAAAGAUUUUUAUUUGUAUAUUUUUAAUGAAUAAUUUAUAUUUAUUUUAUUAUUAAACUUCA